AUGAUAAUUAAUAAAAUAUCAUUAGGAACAAAUAAACUGACUACAUCAAAUCAUAUGAAAUUAACAUUUCUUAUUUUAUGUUUAAUUUUAUGUAGUGUUUCAUUUGUAUUCUAUUCAAAUAUAACAUUAAAUUUAAAAAUCUUACAUAGUUUAUUAAUAAAUAAUUUUAUGAUAAUAUCAAAUUUAUCAAAAAAUUUAACAUUAAAUUAUACAGAUAAUAUAUAUCAAAAAUUUCUAAAUCAAAAUAAUAUAUCUACAAUAGAACAUCGACAAUUUGCAAUAUUUGCUUGUUCAAUUCAUUCAACAAUUUAUACAUAUUCAUUUUAUACACCAAUAAUAGCUGCUAGUUGGAAACGUCUUAAUUAUAAUACAAUUGUUAUUUUUGUUGGUGAUUUUACUAUACCAAAUAUACUUACAUCUCGUCUUAAUUUAUCACGAACUUAUUUAAAAUAUAUUGGUGCAUAUAUUAUUGAUAUUCAAUGUAAUUCUUCAUAUGCUAUUAAAUUAUCUCAAUUAAUACGUGUUUUUGCUGGAUUUCUACCUGAUUCAAUUGUUCAUGAUGAUGAUGAUAUAAUAACAGCUGAUAGUGAUUUAAUGCCAUUAAAAGCAAAUCAAUAUCAACCAACAAAAGGAACAGAUGGUUUUAUAUUUAAUGCUUUUUGUUGUGGUUCAUUUCGUCGACAUGAAAAAACUUAUCGAAUGUUUCCGAUGAGUCAUAUAUAUUUAAAAAAGAAAAUUUGGCGUGCUAUAGUUAUGGAAUCUAAACAAAGAUCUGAACUUCUUAUUAAUGCUACUGAUCAAAUUCGAUAUUUACUAAGUGAAAAUGCAUCACUUUCAUUUGAUACAAUAAGUCUUUAUGGACGACAUGAAUUUCAAAAUAUAUAUGAUUCAACAAUGAUAAAAGGUGAUUCAGCAUGGUAUAUGGAUCAAGUAUUAUGUUCAAUGUUAUUAAUUGAUUAUCGUGAACAACAUAAAAAUUUUAAAAUUCAUGAACGUGGUCGUGCUGCUCGUCUUGAUCGUGUUAGUGGUAUUGGAUAUUGGAAUCGUGAUACAUUUACACAAUUUGGUGAUGCUCAUUUAAUUCAUGAUACAAUAUUAGAAGAACAUAAUUGGAAAAUUUUUAAUAAAUUACUUAAAACUUUAUUUAAUGAAAGUCUUAUUAAUAUUUUCAAUGAUUAUCAUCGACAAUAUAUGAUUGCAGAUAAAAAACCUAUGAAAAUAUUAAAAAUAUAA